AUGUCACGCGCUACUCAUAUAGGGCCAGGUAUCACAACAAAUGAUCGUGUCACAGACAUCAAUAAGCACAUUGCUGGUAUAAAAGAACUACUCCGUGAAACAAUGUCUGACAAUACUCGAACUAGUUGCGGCUCUGUCGCUUGUAGUAAGAAAAACGACCUAUCGGAAUAUCUUCAAUUAAAAGAGACAAGUGACUUAGCCAAGUCUGUGGAACAUGAUCGAACAGAAAACAGGCGCGGAGAUUAUCAACAUGGAGAUACAGUAUUAGAGAACGCAAUGCAACAAGAAAAUACUUCUGUUAUGCAAGUCUACCUUCUUGAAACGUCAUUUUCAAAGAAAACUUUCGAGAAUAUAUCGAAAUUAUCCAAGCAGCUCUUCGGUCAAAACUUGACAAUUGUUUCCAAAGAAGAAAGCUACGAUCAAUUACAAAAAUUUCAUCAGCCAUCAUCAAUAAUUUGUUCGUUUUCGACCGAUGAUGAUAAAAGAUUAUUGAACAGUUUAUCUUCCAUGAAUGCGCCUCCAUCGAUCUACCUCUUUGGAGCACAGCCUAUGGACAAAGAAAGUUUUUUCAAAGAAUAUUUCCACAUUCAAUACAUUUCUGAGAACCUUCAGGAACUAGUUGUGCAGGUAGCAAUUGACAUGGCAAUGAAUAAUCGAAUUGUGGGUGACAGACAAGCGAAAAAACACGAUAUAAUCAAUGCAGGAAGGUGUUUUGAUCAGUGUAUUGAGAUUUUAAAACAACUGGACCAUCUUGCUGCAAUCAAUGUCAACGAGAGAGACUAA